AUGCUUGCUCGACGACGUGAACUUGCCAAAUUGCCAAUUCGAAUAAUUGGUCUUUCUACAGCUUUAGCAAAUGCUGGGGAUGUGGCAAAUUGGAUUGGGGUUCCAGACUCUGCAUUAUUCAAUUUUCGACCAAGUGUUCGUCCUGUACCAAUUCAAGUACACAUUCAAGGAUUUCCUGGUCAACAUUAUUGUCCUCGCAUGGGGUUGAUGAAUAAACCGGCAUUUCAAUAUAUUAAACAAUUUUCUCCUUCAAAACCUGUUCUUAUUUUUGUUGCUAGCCGUAGACAAACAAGAUUAACUUCAAUGGCUUUACUUUCACUUUUACAACGCGAACCAGAUUCAAAACAACACCAAUGGUUAAAAAUGGAACAAUUAGAAUUGGAAACAUUAUUAAAGGAUGUUCGUGAUGAUAAUUUGGCUUUAACCUUAAAUUAUGGAAUUGGAAUGCAUCAUGCUGGAUUGCAACAUUCUGAAAGAGCUCUUGUUGAAAGACUUUUUGUUGAACGAAAAAUUCAAAUAUUGGGUGAGUAUUAUGGAAAAAUUUUAAAAAAAUUUGGAGGAAAGUUGGGUCGUGUUUUCAAAAUUUUUUCGGAUCGAGUCUUGGAUUAGGAAAAAAUCCUGAGUUUCUGCUCUAGUCUUUUAAGGAGGGGAAAUAGUCCUUGCUUUAGUCGGGUUUUGGAACUUGCUUGGAUUGGGUAAUUCGUCCCAUUCGAUAGUAUUUAAAUUCAAUAAUUUUUUCAUAAAGUCGCUACAGCUACACUCGCUUGGGGAAUAAAUGUUC